CCGCCCGACAUAUAAAACCCAUCGUCGUCGUUCUCAAUGUCCUUGAACGUUAUCAGGCCACAGAUAUAUGAGUCUGUCUCCUCUCGUGCGACGCGAGUGCUCCGUCGUACGCCUCUCCGAAACCGAUCUGCACGAUGCCUCUGUGUACGUUGAAAACAAAUCUGGUCGCCAGCCUAAUCCCGAAGGAUUUUCACUUAAAGUUCGUCAAGUACAUCGCUUCGUUGCUCAAAAAGGAUAUCGAGAAGAUUACGCUUGUCGUGGAACCCGGAGUGGAAAUUUCCAGAGCGGGUUCGCUGGAUCCGAACUGUUAUCUCUCCAUCCAGUCCAUCAACGUGUUCAACGCUGAGAAGAACAAAGAGUAUGGACCCUCCUUACGGAGUUUCAUUGCCGAGAAUCUACCACUCCAACCGAACAGGAUCGUGAUUACCUUGCUGGAUCUAAAGGCAACGGACCUGGUUUAAGGAAUGUAUAGUGAUUAGUGUUUAAAACAGUUCCGAAUGUGAAUUGUGCCUAGCGAUUUUAAUAAAAUUGAGUUUGAGUUUGAAUAUAAUAAAAUUAUUUUUCGCCUCCUUA